CCCGUCCGCGUAUUUUAGCACUUAUUUUGAAAAGCACGGGGAUAGUGUUGUAUAAUGAUAUUUGAGCUUUUCCGAUUUCCAGUCUAGAAUGCCUAAUGAAGCGACUGUUCCAGCCUGCCCCGCUCGCUGCCUGUGUGAUCCUCCAGUUCUUCCCGGGUUCUGAUUUCGCAUUUCCAACGAAGCUGAACCGACAAAGCGUGAAAGUGGUCUAAAAGGAAAAACAAAGAAAGUGACCCUGCUUUCACUCUGCCAAGACUAAUCAAUAUUCCAGAAGCUCAGCUUUCCCUUCUCCUCUGAUGUUUUUCUGGGGUUUUUUUUUUUUCAGAGUUGGACUGACAGUCUCCUCCCCUUUCCUUAAGUUACAGUGAUAGUAAGUUGUUGUAUUCCCGCACAUGCAGAUUGUCAGUUUUCUCUGCCUCCCGCUCGCUCAGCUCGCAGCUCUGUUGCAUUUGCUGGGAAAACCCUUCCUUAUCCGCCACCACCGUGUUCUUAAAGAACUGAAGAUCUGAAAAGGUUUCUCCAAUACCUCCCACAGAAAAGAUCCUUCCACUUUUCUGAAGGGAUACUGACAGAAGUUUAUUGUAAAAGAAAACUCUCUGCAAGAUAGAUGACUAAAGGUAACGGAGAAGAUCCAAAAACUGGAAGUAGGAUGGAACGCAUUCAACAAGGAGUCAGGAAACGUACACUUUUGGCAAAAAAAAAAGUGCAGAGCAUAACAAAGGAUGAUGUUAAAAGUUAUUUAUUGAGGAAUGCUUUUGUGCUCUUCACCGUUGUUGCUGUGAUUCUUGGUGUAAUCCUUGGAUUUUCUCUCCGGUCAUAUAAGAUGAGCUAUCGGGAAGUGAAGUACUUUUCAUUUCCAGGAGAACUGCUCAUGAGGAUGCUGCAAAUGCUGGUCCUGCCACUCAUUGUAUCCAGUUUAGUCACAGGAAUUGCUGCCCUGGAUAGUAAAGCAUCAGGGAAGAUGGGAGUCCGAGCAGUAAUCUACUACAUGAGUACUACGAUCAUCGCUGUAUUGAUUGGUAUCAUCAUUGUUGUCAUCAUCCACCCUGGGAAAGGUACUAAAGAAAACAUGCACAGAGAAGGCAAAAUAGUGCAAGUGACAGCAGCAGAUGCCUUUCUUGAUUUAAUCAGAAAUAUGUUCCCUCCAAAUCUGGUGGAAGCUUGCUUUAAACAGUUCAAAACAAACUAUGAGAAGAGAAUGUUUAAAGUUGAUAUUCCAUCCAAUGACACAUCCACAGUGGCUUCCAUAAUAAGCAAUGUGUCAGAAGCAAUGGAAACCCUCACCCGAAUGAAAGAGGAAAUAGUGCCUGUUGCAGGUUCCGUAAAUGGAGUGAAUGCCCUUGGCUUGGUGGUUUUCUCAAUAAGCUUUGGCCUGGUGAUUGGAAGCAUGAAGGAACAAGGUCAGGCAUUAAAAGACUUCUUUGAUAGCCUCAAUGAGGCUAUCAUGAGAUUGGUAGCUCUAAUCAUGUGGUAUGCUCCACUUGGAAUCCUUUUCUUGAUUGCUGGAAAAAUUGUUGAGAUGGAAGAUAUGGGUGUGAUUGGUGGUCAGCUUGCCAUGUAUACUGUAACAGUUAUCAUCGGUUUGCUAAUUCAUGCUGUCAUUGUCCUACCUCUUCUCUACUUCGUAAUCACUCGUAAGAACCCUUGGGUAUUUAUUGGAGGCUUAAUUCAGGCGUUAGUCACAGCUCUGGGAACAUCUUCCAGUUCUGCAACACUACCUGUUACAUUUAAGUGUCUAGAAGAAAUAAAUGGAGUGGACAAACGUGUUACAAGAUUUGUACUCCCAGUUGGUGCUACAAUUAAUAUGGAUGGAACUGCUUUAUAUGAGGCUUUAGCUGCAAUUUUCAUUGCACAGGUUAACAACUUCGACCUGAACUUUGGGCAGAUUAUCACAAUCAGCAUCACAGCUACAGCUGCCAGUAUUGGGGCUGCGGGCAUUCCUCAAGCUGGGCUGGUCACCAUGGUCAUUGUGCUUACAUCAGUAGGUUUGCCUACAGAUGAUAUCACUCUUAUCAUUGCAGUGGACUGGUUCUUGGAUCGUCUCCGUACCACUACCAAUGUCUUGGGAGACUCCAUCGGAGCAGGAAUUGUUGAACAUUUAUCACGUCAUGAGCUGAAGAACAAGGACGCUGAGAUGGGUAAUUCUGUGAUAGAGGAGAAUGAAAUGAAGAAACCAUACCAACUGAUCUCACAAGAAAAUGAGAGUGAGAAACCAUUAGACAGUGAAACCAAGAUGUAGGGUAAUGAAAGCAUGAGUCCAACGCUACAAGAGUAGAAAGCACAUACUUUUUCCAGUCAUUUGUAUCUCAAAUUCACUUAUUCCUUAUUUUCUCCCUUUAUGCUAGCACUGGAAAGAAUUAAUGAAAAUAUACUCCAAACUAGCAGUGAUCAUGGUAUUUGUUGGCUUCCAACUUAAAAAAAAUUUAACAGGCAAAAAUGCUGGUCCUGCUAGACAUGUGCUAACAGAGGAUAAAAAAAGAGACUGUCAAUUAAAAACAAAAAUCAGUGUGAAUCUUAUUCAGUCAUUGAACUUUUUUUUUUAAUAUUAUGAACUGGAAAGUUAAAACACGUGACAGAUGUUUUUAUUUUUUUUAAAAAUACUUGUUGCAAAACUCCAAACAUCCAUAAACACACAAUUAGUACUUCUAACUUGAUAACUGCAUCCAGUUAAGUAAAUUAACAGGAUUUUUGCUUUUUUUAUCAGAUUUUUUUUCUUCUAAUGUUACAUUGUCGGUCAAAUACUAGCAGGACAAUAAAAAGGACGUUAAAGGAUAAAUAAAGAAGAAAAACAAAAUCAGCACUUUUAUCAGCUGAGUUGAAAUAUUUCUGAGGAAGUUAUUUUAUCUAGACGCAGUUUUUCGCUUUAGCCUCAGCUGAUCUUGACAAAAACUUAGUCUAGUCAGCUCUCACUGACUUACAUUUACAUAUAUAUGUGUGUACCUCCAAUCUGGUUUUGCCCACUUAAUUUCAACACCACAAACCAGCUGAAAAAUUGAUGUGUGUAUGUGCUUGUAGGAGCAAGGCUGGCGCAGAAACGUUGUCUUCUUCUCUGUUUGGGCUAACACAGCAUGCUCUGGGUAUGCCCGUUAUCUACUCAAUCAGUGAUAAUAAGAGUAAAAGGCAGUGCCAGCCUUCUGCACAACGUGUAGACAGGUGAGAUGCUCAGACCCUAAAGGGGCUGAAUUCUAAGUCUGAAUCUUUGAUACCAACAGGAGUUAUUCUGAUUGAAACCUCCCCAGUUCUUGGUCAUCCCGCUGAUAAGUCAUAGAGCUAUUAGCUGGAUUUUUUUCCACCUGGAGAAGAAGGCUCCAUUAUCUCAAUGUGAAAUUUCAAAUUCAUUGUGUGUUUAUCAGUAGCGUCUUAAAAAGAAAAAAUAACCCUUUAGAAAAUAAAACUAAUGGGUGCUUUUUUACUUUUUACUAGGAAAAAAAAAACAUAAAUUGCAAAAUAGUAAAUACUAUAAUAAAUGUUGAAAUUUUAAUUAGAAAGGAUUUUAAAGCGCAAUAUUUUAGGUUUCUUUCAGGGGAUAGAUAAGGAAAGAAUGAAAAAAGGGAGACAAUGCACUUGUAAUCCUGUGGCUUUUUUUGUUCAUUUCAAGAUUGUUCCCUGUUGAAACCCUUUUCUAGAAAUACAAAAUAUGUAUUUUUUCCUUUUUUGCCUUGUAUUAUCAUAGAGGUUAAACUGGAAAACUUUAUAAUGCAGUUACAUUUGGGGAUAAAAAACGACAGGCACAAUAGUGUUGAGUGAUUUUUUUUUUUUUUUUGGUUACAAAUGUCGGUUGUCUUCUUUCCCCCUCCCCCACCAAAAAAAUUUGAUGAUGGAAAUGAAGAGUUCCCUUGCGGUGUCCUAGUUGAUGCUCAAAUAAUAUUGCUUCUGUCACUAAAGGAAUAUUAACAUGGUAUAAAAGUAACUGUAGUGAAAAUGUCAGCAUGCUGGUUGAAGCCAAAUCUUUUCCCAGGCAAGAUCGGUGUUUUUUAGGACUGAACACUCCUGCCCAUCUUCUCCAUUUGAGCAACCCAGACAAUACAAGCAGGAACUCUCCAGUGAAUGAACGGAGCGGAGCUUAGUGCAGAGUAUUGAGCAGUCAAACCCACAAAGCUCUAAAUGAAUCUCUGACUGAAAGAAAACAAGUGUGGUGGGGGAGGGCAAGAGAAUGCAAAUCUAGGAUACAGACAGGCAUUUUCUGAUAUGUAAUUAGAGAUAUUUUUAUAUAGAUACUGUAUUCAGAAUGUGUGUAUAAAUAUUAACUGUAGAAUUUAUGGAAUAACAAUUUAAAUUUUUGUUAGGGUCUUGUUUGAAAAUACAUUGCAAAGACAAUGUAAAAGGCUGUCUUUCUAUGACAUCAGCUGAGAAAAAUGAGUUGUGUCACAAAGAAUGUGAUCUUUUUUUACACUAACGUUGUUUCUUAUGGAAAUCAGGUAUUAUAGAAAGAUUCCCUUCCCCAUCCCUCAUUGGUUCUGCAUUGCUAUGCACCCAGAGUGGACUGAGAAACAUUACUUUGUAGAUG